AUGAUCACGGCAAGGUCUGCUUAUCAGAUAUAUAAAGACACUGAGAAGGAUGGCACAAUAUCCGCGUUUAAUUCCCUUCCAACUGAAGCCUUUCUUCCUUACAAAAUUGAAGCUGCUGAAGAAGUUUUAGUGGGAUCCCUUGACUUCAUGGAAUCUGCCAGCAAUGAGGAUAGGUCUGUGUUUGCAGUCUCAACGCUGCACGCAGCGGUUUCGUAUCUCUCGCUUUUUGCCUCUUACACGUCGUUGCAGGCUCGCUCCCAAGCCUUGCGGCGCAUCACGAUAAAUUAUGACGCCCUGAUCCGCGCGGUGACGAUGUUCGGCAACGGUGAUGCAUCUUUAGUUUCUAUAGUGAAGCAAUUCGUGGUUGGUAACGCAUCAUUAGAGCCGAUCACGCCCUCCUCGAUCGUUGAGUUAGAAUCUGCCUUCAAUACACUCGAGAAGCAUUAUCGUCAGGAAGCUAAGGAGUCUGGCCAAGUGGUGCAAGCACUGCGUAAGAAGCCCCCGGUGAGUUCUCAUUCUCCUGCAAAGGUGCGCUCUACCGACAAGGGCCCGUCGCCAGCCCGAGGUCUGCCUGAUGCGAUUGAUUCAGGUGAAAAGGCUGUGAACGACACAGUGUAUUUAACUCACCCAGAAACCAGCAAUGGAAGUCUUAACGAGACGAGUAGCCUUCCUCUUCGGAAGGGUGGGAAUAAAAAUGGACCGAAACUUGCCAACGGAAAGCGAACCACGCGCUCGCUAUCUAAUGGUACCAACCCAGAGGAGCCCAUACUCAAAAUUGAGAAGCUCGAGGUCGCGAGCACUGGGAACACCAAAAAUGCUGCCACCGCGUCGGCAAAGCAUCGCUCCAACAAGUCAACCUCUUCCGCUCCUCUGGUUGUUUUUGGACGCCUUCGAGCACUUACGACCGGAGAGAAAAAAGUCGUUGCGGCUCUCAAUCAGGUGAUACUAGUUCUUGCGCACGUCUACGCAACACAGUUUAACGAUUUAAUCAUUAUUUUUGACCACCUGCAGGAGCGCAUAAGUGCCAUUCAGAGUAUCAUAGACAAGGAGCUUGAAGCAUACAAUGCAAAGGAGGAUAAAAAGCCACCUGAGCCCUUUCACGAAGUUGAGCUGAGGGAACUCAGGGCAGCGCUAGAUGCUUCUGCUGCAAUAUUUCGUCAGGAGCCAGAUCGGCGCUACGAACUCGAUGAAGAUCUGCUAUAUCCCAUCGCGUAUGCGUGCCUUAAGAUUAUCAAUCAAAUCGAGGGGUAUAAUACUGCGCCAUUUUGUGAACCAACCGACGAGGAGAAGGAGGCGAAACGAGCAGCGCGUGUCGCUGCCAAGGUGAAGAGGGAUGAGGCUGAGCAGAAAAGCAUCGAGAAGGCUAAGGCCAAGGAGGCGAUGUUGGCAAAAAAGAAUGAAGAGCGGCAUUUGCUGCGGCAAUUUAUCGAGGGCAUCACAAUUGGGGACCAACUCGUCGAGGAUACUGAGAUUGUGAAUCCCGCCCAGAGCGCUUUUGUUCAGUAUGAGCUCCAUCUUCCCCUCGAACCAUUGGAAAACUUCCAAAAAGCUCUUUCCAUAUGGACAAUGCUUGUAUCCAUUCCCCAGACGCUCUGCCUUUCACGGAUGCCUUUCUCAUUGUUUCUGAAAGGUCUUCAUAUGGGAGACCAAGAUAAUAACGGGCUCAUGGAAGAGAUCACGCGCUGCCUCUUGGAUGUUUGUAUGGAGCAGGUUCGCAAUACGUCUCCCAGUCUACCGCGCAUGUCGACUCGUGGGAAAAAUUGGUUUGAGGCUAUGGUUGAGUUUGUGGCGCUAGCGAGCGGUAAUAAACAACAGCGCAACCAACGGGGACGACACCUAUCUCAUGCCACGGAAAGUGACAAGGAAAGUGAAAAUGAUGAGGAUAGUGACAGUGAGACUUCCUCUGAGGCAAGUCCAAGUUUUGACGGCGAUACCUCGGAGGAGGAGGAAUCUGAUGAUGAAAAAUCGGAGGCGGGAUCGGGAUCUGCCCAACAGACUCGCGUGAAAAAAAAUACGGAUGAUGCGAAAGUGCCGCCCUCUGAUAAAGCUGAGGAUGAGGUUUUGGGGUUUGAUAAAGAGCUGAAAACCACCAUGGAGCACAUUACGGAGCUUCGGGUGUUAGCCACGUGGGGUAAUCUGAGUAUCGAAGAUCGCCUAAACUUGCUCAACUUUCUUGUUCGUGAGGUCCUCAGCGGCACCAAAGCUCGUAAGGAAGCGGAAGAAUUGCUUAAGAUGAGCGAGAAACGCGUAACAAUGAUGGAAAAGCGUCUUCGCGAAAUUCGAGAAGAGGCAGAGAAGGAGGUUAAAAAUCUUCUCAAAGCAUUUCGUUGUCCUCCUCCAAAUGGAGAGAAGGAAACGGAUAAUCUUGACGCGAAGGAUUAUGAAAUCAGGCGAGCCAAAAUUCUGAAGGAUACGGAAAAAAAACGCCACGAGGUGUACAUGGACUUUUAUCAAGACUUGGACAAAACUGAUGUGGGUUCCAUCAUACAACCUCUUGGGAUGGAUCGAUACCGUCGCAUGUACUGGCGUUUUCCCUUCAAUCGCGACGUGCAUGUCCAGACAAUUGAUGCGACAGUACCGGACUUUCCCAUUCUUCCAGAGCCCGAGGAAUUCAUCGCAAAGAAGCAAGCAUUUUUGUUGUUUGAUAAUGAAGAAGAUUUAUCUCCUUCCCAUUUCAAUUUACGUCGGGAACAGCACCUGUCUAUAAAGUCUCCACAAACUAUGGAGCCAAAUAGCGGAGAUAAAGGACCGUCACAACGACACUGGGGUACCAUUCCGGCGUACUACUUGCCCUCUUUUGUAAAAGGACUUGAUUGGCGCGGCGAGCGGGAAGCCCGCCUACGCAAAGCACUAGAGGAAUUCAUACCGUAUUCACAAAGCGCAAAUCAAUCUACCUCAGUCCGUAUUACACGAUCCCGUGCACAUGCGCUUGGCUAUGUGAAUCAUUUGAAGGUUUCCUUCUAG